CGGCUUCGGGGGCCGGAGGGAGGCGGAGGCGCAGCGGUCCAACUGCUGAAGAGUCUCCAUGUGACAGAGAGCGGGGUUCCUGCUCCGGCGCCGCCCGAGUCCGCUGCUUGCCGACCCCCGGCACUGUCCCCCGUCCCGGCGCCAGCGGGCACCCGCAGGCCAGCGACGCCGGGCGUCUGAGCGUGCGGCCGGAGGGCUCGGGUGCAGAGGGGCUCGCCGCCGCGCAGAGCGGGCUCCGGAGAGACCCCCGCAGCGUCGCGGGGAGAGAGGGGGAGCUGCCCGGGGAGCGGGGGUCUCUUGUCAGCGCCGGCGCCCCCGAGCUCUGCAGCGACAUGAACGGCUUCACGCCGGAGGAGAUGAGCCGCGGCGGGGACGCGGCCGCCGCCGUGGCCGCCGUGGUAGCCGCAGCUGCGGCCGCCGCCUCGGCCGGGAACGGGGCGGGGGCGGGCGGCGGGGCCGAGGUGCCGGGCGCCGGGGCCGUGUCGGCGGCGGGCCCCCCGGGAGCGGCGGGGCCGGGCCCGGGGCAGCUGUGCUGCCUGCGGGAGGACGGCGAGCGGUGCGGCCGCGCGGCGGGCAACGCCAGCUUCAGCAAGAGGAUCCAGAAGAGCAUCUCGCAGAAGAAGGUGAAGAUCGAGCUGGACAAGAGCGCAAGGCAUCUUUAUAUUUGUGAUUAUCAUAAGAACUUAAUUCAGAGUGUUCGAAACAGAAGAAAGAGAAAAGGGAGUGAUGAUGACGGAGGAGAUUCACCUGUUCAAGAGAUUGAUACCCCAGAGGUUGAUUUGUAUCAGUUACAAGUAAAUACACUUAGGAGAUAUAAAAGACACUUCAAACUACCGACCAGACCAGGACUUAAUAAAGCACAGCUUGUUGAGAUAGUUGGUUGCCACUUUAGGUCAAUUCCAGUGAAUGAAAAAGACACCUUAACAUAUUUCAUCUACUCAGUGAAGAAUGACAAGAACAAAUCAGAUCUCAAGGUUGAUAGUGGUGUUCACUAGGAGAGAUGGAAUUAAGACUAAGACUUGGAUAUUCAGAUGUUAAGACUGUCUAUUGUUUUUUCACAUGUAGAAAUGUUCCUUGUGUAUUUUUUCUACAGAGGGUUUUCUCUGCUUUUAUUUUCUUUGUUUCUGACUCGUUUAGUUGGAAACUCAUGUAAAAAUGAGCUUUCCUAGAUUAAAGAAUAUUUUAAAUAAAGGUUAUUACUAUUA